AUGUUUCAGCACACACAGACCAAAAAUUUGAGAAAUGCGCUGAAGAAGGCCUCGGCCGACUUCCGAUCUGAUGUAGUUACAGUUCCGACCGAAGAGAUGAUGCAGGAUAUCCUGGAUGCCUCUGUUGGCGACGAUAUUUACGACACGGAAGGCGGUUUUUCCGUCAAUGUUCUUCAAGACAAGCUUGUUAAAAUGAGUGGCAAAGAAGCAGCACUUUUGGACUGCUGCGGGGACCAUGGAUCGGCUACUCGCGAAAUCCAAGACUGCAGUCUCUUCUGA